AUGCAUAUCCGUUGCUUCUCUCUUCCCAUGCAAACAUUUCAACCAGUAUCUAUCUAUCUAUCUAUCUAUCUAUCUAUCUAUCUAUCUAUUCAUCUAUUCAUCUAUCUAUCUAUCUAUCUAUCUAUCUAUCUCUAUCUAUCUAAUAUCUAUCUAUCAUAUUCAUCUAUCUAUCUAUCUAUCUAUCUAUCUAUCUCAUCUUCUCAUUAUCUAUCUAUUAAUCUAUCUAUCUAUCUAUCAUUAUCUAUCUAUCUAUCCCAUCAUUCAUCUAUUCAUCUAUCUAUCUCAUUCCGUUCAUGCAUCUAUCUAUCUAUCUAUCAUUCACAUGCAUCUAUCAUUAUCUCUAUCUAUCUAUCUAUCUAUCUAAUAUCAUCUAUAUCUAUUAUCUAUCUAUCUAUCUAUCUAUUUAUCUAUUCAUUAUCUAUCUAUCUCCGUUCACAUGCAUCUAUUCAUCUAUCUAUCUAUCUAUCUAUCUAUCUAUCUAUUCAUUCAUCCCAGACUAUUCAUUCAUUCAUCUAUCUAUCUAUCUAUCUAUCUAAAAUGUCAUUCCGUUCACAUUAUCUAUUCAUCUAUUCAUCAUCUAUCUAUCUAUCUAUCUAUCUAUCAUCCCAUCAUUAUCUAUCUAAUUAUUCAUUCAUUCCAUCUAUCUACAUCUAUCUCAGUCUUCUCAUUAUUAUCUAUCUAUCUAUCUUUAUCCUUCACAUGCAUUCAUUCAUCUAUCUAUCUAUUAUCCAUCUGCUCAUUAUCUAUCUAUCAUCUAUCUAUCUAUCUAUCUAUCUAUCUAUCUAUCUUACUAUCUAUCUAUCUAUUAUCAUCUAUCUAUCUAAACGUCUUUUCAUAUCUAUCUAUCUAUCUAUCUAUCUAUCUAUCUAUCUAUCUAUCUAUCUAUCCCAGAUUAUUUCUAUCUAUAUAAUCUAUUUUAGUCUUUUCAUAUCUAUCUAUCUAUCUAUCUAUUCAUCUAUCUAUCUAUCUAUCUAUCUAUCUCAGUCUUCUCAUUAUCUAUCUAUCUAUCUAUCUAUCUAUCUAUCUAUCUAUCUAUCUAUCCCAGUUUAUUUCUAUCUAUACAGAUGUCUAUUUCAGUCUGUUCAUAUUUCUUCAUAUCUAUCUAUCUAUCUAUCCCAGUUUAUUCCUUUUCAUAUAGAUAUCUAUUUCAGUCUGUUCAUAUCUAUCUAUCUAUCUAUCUAUCUAUCUAUCUAUCUAUCUAUCUAUCUAUCUAUCUAUCUAUCCCACUUUAUUCCUAUUAUAUUAGUCAUAAGCAGAAGUCCUUAG